AUGGACGGUGCGUAUAUUUUAAGAAUUCUUUAACUUAAAGUUGUUGUUAUUUAGAGAGAAACCGAGCCGUUUAUUGAGAAAUUGUUAGCCAAAGACCUUGUGUAAUAUUUAGAAAAUCCCGGAUUAAAUUGGCAUUUUGUUUUUAAUAUAGAAGAAAGCACAACAGCCUCGCUUCAGGCUAGAGUGCAAGAGCUAGAGGGAAAACAAAAUGAACUGCUGUCAACAAUUGAAGUUAGAGAACAUGAGUUUGGCAAAAAGAGAGCUCAAUUUAAAGAGAUAUUUCUUCAGAAAGAAAGUAAGCUUUUUAAACCUACGUUUUUAUUUCUUUGUCUUUAAAUGUAAUUCGUUUUAUAGUUUAAUGUAUUAAAUAUCUUAAAUAUCAUAAUUGCAUUGCAUUGUGAAAAUGGUUUUGUAAACAAAAAAGUUUUUAUGUUAUGCAAAUUUGUAAUGGCCAUUUGUAAGUUAAUGUUAAUAAUGUAUACACCCCUACUCACUUUCUUUAAUUAAAAUUGUUCCAUAAAUUAAGCUGAGUUCCCUGGCAAUCAAGAUGGGUUCUGACUUGCUUGAUUUUUGCCUUAUCGGUAGACAAUCAGAAUGGGUAGAAUUAUGUCAAUUAUCUAUGUUUCCGAUUGUCUAAAAUCGAUUGUUGAGAAAAUACGCACUUUAAAAAUUGUAUGCAUCGCAUGUUGAUACACAUUGCGUUUUAAUGCAAUAUGUUAAAUUAGUGUGUGAAGCGUGCCAUUUAUUAACUGUUUUAACCGUUCUAACUAACCAUUGAGCUAGAGGCCAGCUAUAUACAUGAACUUGUGGGUUAGAGCUUGGCAACUGUGCUCAGUUGGUUAGAGCGCCGCACCGGAAUCACAAGGGCACAGGUUCAAUUCUGCCAGAGGGCCCAUGUACAGUACAUGUAGUCGCAUCUAAUAAAUUUAUAAAAUUUCAAAAUUUCCAUCUACGACACCAGCUGAUUGACUCUUUUUUACUAACAUAAUUACAGCAGAGCUCAAUGACGAAGUGACAAAGUUACGAAUUGCUCGUGAAGAGAAUGCAAAGUUACUGGCCGAUUUACAGAAUGUUUCGGCAGAACGAGAUGACCUCAAGACUGCCGUGUUGAUUGCAGAGACAUCCAGUGAUGAUAAAGAAACAGCAAUGAAAUUUAAAUAUCAAGAAGAGAUUGCUUCUCUGAAGGCGAUCAUGCAUGGUAAGUUCAUGUGUGGUCUAGCUAAUGCACCCCCCUGGAAUGUUAGGGCUUAGAACAUAUCUCCCUAAAUGGCUAUCACUUUUAAUACAGCAGAAAAAAAUGUAGGCACAAACAAACAUUAAAAUUAACUGAGUCACUUUGCAGGGUUUUUUUUCAGGAUUUUCUCUUGGGUCCGUUUUUGCAGCGAAGAUUGAGUUUAGCUGAACAGCUGGGGUGGCUGCACCCCCCCCCCCCUACCGGGGGCUGACACUUGUACUCAAUAAAUGUAGUUGAGAUGGAAUGUUUUAAAGCAGGGGCACUGAGGGACACUAUAAACUGGUUAAAGAUGGUGAAUGCAUAGUUUUUCUUGUGUUGUGAGAUGAAUUCCAGCCAUUUUUUCUUAAUUGUCGGGUUUCCAACUGAAAACUAAUUUCCACACGUCACAAAUUUAACUCAAACAACUUCAUUUUUACUGCACUGAAACUUUGGUGAGAAGAUUGAGUUUCAAAACUCAAUUCAAGAUUGAGUUUUUGGGGCCGUUUAACAGCCCUAAAAAAUCCCUGAAAAAAAACCUGCUUUGGUCAAUUAUUUGACCUUUCCCGCGAGGUGGUGUUCAUGAAUUUACAAAAUAUCUCGGGGAGGUGUAAAACAACCUCAGUGGAUAUUUAGAAGUAGAAGUUGUAGUAGAAGUAAAGGUUGAACAAAAGAAAAUACUCUGCUGUUCGUUUUCGUCAGAUGCAGUUCAGGACACGAGACAAGAUGCAAAGGAGAAAUACGAGGCUGAACGUAUGACGCUGGUGGUAGCCAAUCAAGAACAAGAGAAGAAACUAGCCAAAUACAAAGCACAAAUUCGAGAACUAAAAUCAAAACAACAACAACAGCAGCAGCAACAACAACAGCAGCAGCAGCAACAACAACAACAACAACAGCCACUACAGGAAGAUAAUAACGACGGAUUGUUUGAUGUGUUGCCACGGAAACAACAUGCAAGUACACCAGAGCCUAUUGCAGAGACCGAUGAAAAUCUUGAAAACAGCAUGAAGAAGGUAAUUAUAACAGAUUAUCUAUUUUUAAGUUGGGUUUCCUCCGGGUGCUCCGGUUUAUUCCCACAGGGAAAGUUGGCAGGGCGGGUCAAGAUAAACAUAGUUAGGAAUUAGGUAAUAUCUCGAGUGUAAUAAUCGGUACAUGUAUACAAUUUACUCUCAAAAUUUUUAUCUAGUAUGUACAUCUGUAGUGUAUGAUUUUUAAAAUAUUGCCCAACUCUACUAGUCUAUGAUUUCACUUUUGCGAUUUAGCUCACAAAAAUGAGCUGCAUCAAGAGAACUUGAAAAAAUAUCCAAUUUCAUGAAUGUUGGAUUUCUUACUAUAAUUUUUUAAGGCUCAAGAAGAUGCUGAAACAUUAAGAUCUAUUGUGAUGCCACUAGAAGAGGUAAUUUAUAUACAACCCUAUUAACCUAGCCUGCAUAGCAGGUGCUAUUGUGGGGAGGGUGGGAGAAGGUGGGGGGAAGACAAAGGCGAGAGAGCGAGGGAAAAUGGGUGUGGCAACCGUUUUGCCUCGCUCUCUUUCUCUCGCCUUUCUCUCGCACCUGCUACACAGGCUACUAUUAACCCCUUUUAACCCAUUCAGCUCCAGCGCUCUCCCCUUGAUUGGUAAAAUUAUCUGGCAUUAGACAGAGUAAAAUAAUAUAGUAAGGGGUAGGGGCACAUGUCAUGGGUGUAUUGCAGCUUAAUGGGUUAACAAGAUGCACUGGCAGAUUAUUAUUUCAUUAUUAACCCAUUAAUGUGCACCACUCUCCUUUGACAAGUAAAAUUAUUUUACUUGUCAAACCUUUUAUACCUCAAUUAACCAUUAAUGUGCAACAGCCCUGGAUUGAAAUAUAAUUGUUUAAAUUUAGUCCUUUUGUUUUGCUCCAUAUCUUGGGUUUUUCAAGAGAUUUUCAUUUUUUGUUUUUAUUAGAUAAAAGUAUGGUUUCUUGUGCAAUUAGUGAAAAGAACAUGCACGAGUGAGUUUUUCAAAGACUAUCAAGUAUCAAAUCCGAAGUAGAGUGCAAUUUGAAGUCUUUGAAAAACUCACGAGUUAAUGUUUUUUCAAAUUGCACCAGAAACCAUACUAUUACUUCUUAAUAACAUACAUGAAAAAAUUAUGCAGUCACUCGUAAAAACUCCUAAAUGUUUGUUUUUUGUAUUAUUUUUUCUGGAAAUUGCUGUAUCUUAUUGGCUAUCUUUAAUAACAAAGAUCUAUGUAAUUGCUGUAUCUAAUGGACCUAUUCCCUAAUGAACAAAAUUUUGAUCUAGACAAACAUUUCAUCACAGCUUGAAAGAGCAUCACAAAAUUAGUAAUAUUCCGAAGUUUCGUUGCGAAAUGUUGUAAAAUACGGAUAAUAUAGCCCUGCGAAGGUUGCCGUUUUUCAGUCAUUUCGUAUUACGCACGGGAAAUUGAUACCGCUUUCUGAAAAAAGGUAUCAAUUUCCCGCGCGUAAUACAAAUUUUGUGAUGCUCUUUCAAGCUGUGAUGAAAUGUUUGUCUAGAUCAAAAUUUUGUUCAUUAGGGAAUACAGUAGGUCCAUUAGCUAUCUUUGUUAUCGGUUCAUAUCAGAAAGCUUAAAUAGUCAAUGAAAUUUGCACUGUAUUUCUUUUUUUUGCACAUGUAUUUCGAAAAAAUUGCCCAGCUCUUAGCGAAUCAGAAUUGAGAAAUGUUUUCGUGUAUAUUAUAAUUAUAUAUGAACUAAAAUUUUGUAGGAAAUCGCCUCGUUGAAAUCAAAGCUAAGGAAUGCAAAUGAAAAAAUAAGUGUUUUAGAAACCAAACAAGAAAAGAAAUCUGUAAAGGUGAGAUAUUUAUAUCAUCACAAUGUAGUGUAUGAAAGUAAGUAUUGCUUUUAUACCAACAGAACGACUGCACGGUGAAAAUAACUAAUCUGUCCUUCACUAGCCAUCACGGACUGACCAGACGCAUGAAAUGUCACGUGGAAAUGAAGAUAUGGAAGAAAAGGUACUCUCAACUACUUUUACUUCAAUUUCAUGGGGUUCUUUUUCGAGGGGGGGGGGCAGCUGUAGCCUUAGUAUCAUGGCUAAUCACGCUUUAUUUUACAAAUAGAGCUUGACAUGAUGAUUUAUACUGAAAAUUCCAUCCACCCGCAUUUAAGGAAGGGAAAACAGGUCCUGAUACUCAGGCUGGGGGGGGGGGUGUUAUCCAGUUGAUCUCGGAAUUAGGAAAAGGCCUGGCACUAGUUGUAAAAUAGAAAUCCAUUUCUGGUUUAAAAGUACUCAAUAUCUCAUCAACGAUAUUAGAUUUCUAUCUCAAAUUUGUCCCAGACAUUCAUAUCUCUGUGCAAGACACAGAGACAAAGUUUCAAACAGUUUCACAAAAGAAUCAGGGCAUGACAAGUGAUUAAACGUACGAAACUGGAUUUUUAUUCUGUUGCUAGUAGUCCUUUUGCCCACCUGGAUAAAUGCUUUUGGCUCAUUUCCACACAAGAACAAUUUCCACGGUCAGAAAGUUUUCCGAAAAUAUCGUUGUUAAAAGUUGAAAAUUUUCAACUUUGAAAAUUUGUAGAAAUGGGCCUUAAUUCUCGGAUUCUCCAUUAGCCAUUCCAAAGUUGAUGAGAGGACUGAGGACGAAUGUUAAAAAGUGCCCGCCUUAAGAAAUGAACCAAAUCACUAAAAAGACCACCUCAAAAUUAGCAAGCAUGCAAAGUUUGAAGAAUGAAGACAUUUACAUGAAUACCCCUUACGAAAAUCGCGAUAUUUACUAUGAAAUGUACUGCAAUUUUUGUUUUUGGCACGCGUGUCGUGUUUUCGAAAGCUUAUUAUUCGAAGGGUAUUCAUGUAAACGUCAAACUUUGUAUACUUACAAAUUUUGAGGUGGUCUUUUUAGUGAUUUGGUUCAUUUCUUAAUUUUGGCACUUUUUAACACUCGUUCCCAGUCCACUCAUCAACUUCGGAAUGGCUAAUUUCUCCCACUUAUGAAUUUUUCUCAUUCCUGUAGAUAAAAGAAUUAAGUCAGUAUUUAGAAGCAGAACGAUCAGCCAGAACAGAUCUUGAAAUGUUCGUAGCGGUUUUAAACACACAAAAGGGUAUGUGCCGAGAUACUGCAUGUAUGUGCAGAGUAGAAAUUAAAAUUAACAUCCUUAUACCUAUUUUGUGUGUGUUGGUGUUAUGUAGUCAGGUGAAUAUGAUGUUUGUGAUGUUACUCUGAGUGUAAAUCCACACCGGGAAAGCUGAAAAGUUUGCUUGGCCACGGUGGGAAUGGACCUUUCACCUUUUGACUAAAAUUUAGAUUUCAAAAAGUCUGGACAAAAAUUUUAUCACAGCUUGAAAGAGCAUCUCAAAAUUAGUAAUAUUCCGAAGUUUCGUUGCGAAAUCUUGUAAAAUGCGGAUAAUAUAGCCUUGCGAAGUUUGCAAUUUUCAGUCAUUUUGUAUUACAAACGGGAAAUACAUACCCUUUUUCCGAAGGAGGUAUGUAUUUCCCGCGCGUAAUACAAAAUGACUGAAAAUGGCAAACUUCGCAAGGCUAUAUUAUCCGCAUUUUACAACAUUUCGCAAUGAAACUUUGGAAUAUUACUAAUUUUGUGAUGCUCAUUCAAGCUGUGAUAAAAUUUUUGUCUAGACUUGUUGAGAUCUAAAUUUUAGUCAAAAGGUGAAAGGUCUAUUGAACCCGCGACCUUUGGGAUACUAGUCCAAUGCUCUUCCAACUGAGCUACGAGGUCAAGUCGGUUCGAGGUCAACGGUUCGAGGUCAACAGCUAACUUUUCAGCUUGCCCAGUGUGGAUGCACACUCAGAGUAACAUCACAAACAUUCUUACACCUGUAUUUCAAUUUGUUGUUAAAUUUCAAUCCUUAAAAUGACAUCACAAAUCAAUGAUUUGAAGAAUUAGAAUUACGGAUUGCAAUUUAGAUUGAUUUAAAGGGAAAUGGUAUUCUUUCAUUUGAAAAAAAAUGUUUCCACAAAUUUCAGGUGUUCUGCAGGAAGAUGCUGAAAAACUCCGGAAAGAACUUCACAAUGGUUAGUUGAAUUUUGUAGUUAUAUUUGCUUGGUUAUAUUUAUAUGGUAUGGUAUGGUAUGGAAUGGUAUGGCAUGACAUGGUAUGGUUUGGAAUGAUAUUGUAUGACCUGAUAUGGUAUGGUUGAUAUGGUAUGAUGUGGUGUGGUAUUUUAUAGCAUGGUGUGAUAUGGUAGAGUAUAGUAUGACGUGGCAAUGCAUCCCAUAAAAUGGUGUGGUAUGGUAUGGUAUGGUACAAUAUGGUAUGGUAUUUUAUAGCGUGAUAUGACAUGGUGUGGCAUGACAUAGCAUAGAUGGUUUUAAGUACUAUUUAAAAAACGAGCAGGAGUGUUUUAUUAGGUUUAAAGCCACGAGCGCGCAGCGCGAGUGGCUUUAAACCUAAUAAAACACGACCUGCGAGUUUUUUAAAUGGCUUCAAAAACGUUUGCAUAAUAAGUCAAAUCUGAAUGUGAAAAAUCUUUAUAUAAAAAUCUUUAUAUAAAAAUCUUUAUAUAAAAAUCUUUAUAUAGUUUGCAUAACAAUGGUCUUUUGUUAAAGUGUUCUUUAGCUGGUAUAAAGACGUAUGCACGUGACUAAUUUCUUACUCAAGAUUGGAUAAUUGCUUCAUGAAUUAUUAAUGAUUUUUGAAGUAUGGUUAUCGAAUGUAUUGUGGCUGUAUUUAUUUAUAUGGUGAACGUAGAUAUUUUUGAAAUAGUUUAUUCCAACCGUGUCUUUGAUUUCUUCUAGUUUGUAGAUUACUCGAGCAAGAAAAAGAGGAACACAUCGCGUUGAAAGACACUUGGGGCAUGGCCAAUGAUCGCUUUUUAGAAACACAACGUGCACAGAAAGUUGAAAUGGAUAAAAUUAAAAAACUUUUGACAACCGAACAACUUCAACUUUUAGGCGAAGACCCCAAGGAUAAAAAAGACACCGUUGAACUAUUGACGCCUCCAUCGCCUUCGAGCGCCAAACGAUUUUUGAAUCGUAAAAUGAAUAAAGGCACAAACAAGAAAGAGAAUAUUAAAGCAAGAAAAUCUGGUUCGUCUGAACCUAGACGAUCGCUUGCGAGCCUUGUCCAAAGAAGUCCCAAGUCGAACAGUCUGCCUUCUACACCAUCGUCAAUUUUAGAUGUAAGUACCUUAUUGUAUUUAAAUUUACCACCAUUUGCGAAGCAUUUUUGUAUCUGCGCGUAGCGCAGAUAUAUUGCUAUCGCGUCAGUCAGUAAAGUAAAGUAAAGUAAAGUAAAGUAAAGUUAAGUAAGUUAAGUUAAGUUGUUAAGUCCGUCAGCCUUGUUUUGAAGACCUGUUCGCAGGAAAGACACUUGGGGCAUGGCCAAUGAUCGCUUUUUAGAAACACAACGUGCACAGAAA